GGUGUGGGACAUUCACACUGGUCGCGGAGAGAGGAAGGAAACUGGGGACCGCGGCGCUAGGUCAGAGAGCACUUCACAAAACCAGAGCAGGAGCUGCCGGGCAAGUUGGCUGUAAGGAAUCGAGGGGAGCGAGGGCGGGGAUGUGACUGGCCGACAGGAGGUCCCGCCGGCAUUCGGAGCCACUCUACCCCGGCCGAUUUCCUCUGCUGACUUCGGCUCGCAAGUCGCUUGAGGGAGCGGGACACGACGUUUCCGGCGACUGCACGCUAUAUUAAUAAUUAUAAAUCAGAUAUUUGUUCACCGGGAGGUAAGAAGACCAAAACUGUACGUGGUAUUGCAGUUGUGGCCUCACCAAGGUCUGGCUGUGGUAAGAAUACAGCACAGAACAGCCCCUUGGAGCUGUGGAACUUGGAGCAAUGGGGUUCAGCUCAGAUCUGUGGUGUCCACAGAGCCAUGCGGUACUGCUACGCCUGCAGGACUCGGAGCUGCGGAUGAUGGAGGUGAUGAAGAAAUGGAUGACAAGCCGCAUGCGGAGUGACAAAGAGUACUCCGUCCUUCUCCACCAGAUGACCUCGCAGGUUGAGAGGCAGGACAACAGCCUGCAGGCGGGAGGGGGCGACUACAUCAGUCAGCUCAGCAAGUCCUGGGCCACCAUCGUGAAUCAGACAGAGGCACUGAGUCGCACCAUGCGGAAACAUUCGGACGACCUGAGCUCGGGGCCGAUUAACAAGCUCACCCUGCUGAUCCGUGACAAGCAGCUUCUGAAGAAGAGUUACAGUGAGCAGUGGCAACACAUCAACCAGGAGGUGCUGAAGAACACACAAAAUGAAGUUGAGAAACUGAAAUCACAAUAUCGCCAGCAAGCCAAGGAAGUGAGCGCAGCAAAGAGGAAAUUUCAUGAGGCUAGCAAAGACAAGGAGCGGGACAAAAUGAAAGACAAGUACAUCAAGGCCACCAUGAAGAUGCACAUCCUGCACAACCAGUACGUGCUGGCCGUCCGCUCGGCCGAGGCCCACCACCAACAGUAUUACCAGCAGGAGUUACCGGGGCUGCUCAAUGCACUGCAGCAGCUGCACCAGGAGAUGGUUCACAUCCUCAAGGACAUUCUGCAGGAGUACCAGGAGCUGACAAGCCUGGUGCAGGACGAAGUGGUGGCUGUUCACCGGGAGAUCAGCAAUGCGAUCGAGGCCAUCGACCCGCUCAGGGAAUAUGACAGCUUCAUUGAGCAGAACAGGACGGUGACGGAGCUGCCCCCGAUCGUUACCUUUGACAGCAGCCUCUUGGAGGACUUGGACGACUUGCAAGCGGGUGAGCUGCAGGUGAACGACCUGACCAUCGAGUCAGUGCAGCACAGCCUAACGGCAAUCGAGGAGGAGCUGCAGACUCUGACGGAGACUAUCAACAACCGCCAGGCCACCAGCAGACAGAUCUUCAAUGAGAUAACGGUGGAGAAGCAGACCGCGGGCUUCCGGUCAGGAGUCUACGUCUUCAGCAAGAAGUGUGCUCUGGAAGAGAGUUACCAGCAGGAGAGAGCCUUGAUGUGUACCAAAGCUCGACUGGACGUCCAAAAGCUGCAGCUCGAACACAAGCUGAGGGAGUUGGGAGACAGGGAGCCCCCCACGGCCCUGGGCACUGACGAGGAUCGUUACUCCGUCACCUCGGCGGGGAAGGACGGUGUCCGGCCCAUGACCCUGGAGACAUUGAAGAACCACAUCUCGGGACUCUUCAAGCCCAAGUUCAGUCUUCCCCCGCUGCUGCCCAUCGUCCCAGCUGUACAGAAGCCCCUGACCCAACAGGCCUGGUACCACGGCGCCAUCCCCCGACUGGAGACUCAGCAACUCCUGACCACCGAAGGAGACUUCCUGGUGCGAGAGAGCCAGAACAAGGGGGAGUAUGUCCUGUCCGUGAUGUCUGCGGGACAGUGCCGCCAUUUCAUCAUUCAGCACUCGGACUCACAGUAUCGAUUUGAUGGUGACAGUUUUCCCACCAUCCCUCUGCUCAUUGACAACCUCCUGAAGACUGGACAGCCCGUCACCAAGAAAACGGGGGCGACAUUGAUCAGGCCUGUUGUGAAGGACAAGUGGGUUCUGGAUCACGAGGAUGUGCUGAUUGGAGAUCAGAUUGGCCGGGGCAACUUUGGUGAGGUGUUCAGUGGCAGGAUGAGAAACGACAAUACGUUGGUGGCGGUGAAAAUGUGCCGGGAGAACCUGCCGGCAGAGCAGAAGAACAAGUUCCUGAUGGAGGCCAGAAUCCUAAAGCAGUAUGACCAUCCAAACAUCGUCAGGCUGAUUGGCGUCUGCACACAGAAACAGCCCAUCUACAUCAUUAUGGAACUUGUGCAAGGAGGAGAUUUCUUGACGUUUUUACGGAACGAAGCCAGUCGCUUGACUACCAAAGACCUGAUCAAGAUGGCGGAGAAUGCAGCUGCAGGGAUGGCCUACCUGGAGAGCAAGCAUUGCAUCCACAGAGAUCUGGCUGCUCGGAACUGCUUGGUUUCUGAGAAGAACGUGUUGAAGAUCAGUGACUUCGGCAUGUCCCGUGAGGAGGAGGAUGGCGUCUACUCUUCCACUGGGGGGAUGAAGCAGAUUCCAAUCAAGUGGACGGCACCUGAGGCGCUCAAUUACGGCCGGUUCACCACGGAGAGUGAUAUCUGGAGUUACGGUAUACUGCUGUGGGAGACCUUCACAUUGGGCUCAACCCCAUAUCCCACAAUGACGAACCAGCAAACCCGUGAGGAGGUCGAACAAGGCUACCGCAUGGAAUCUCCAGACUCCUGUCCGGAAGAGAUCUACAACUUAAUGACCCGCUGCUGGGAGUACGAUCCGAAGAGACGGCCAAGUUUCAGCACUGUCCAUCAACAACUUGUGACUAUCAGGAAGAAGUGGAAGUGAAUCUGGAAGUUCUGCUUUCUGCAGUCGGCUGUGUCCCUGAGUGUGUGUAUGUGCACUGUGCGCAGAGACCAGCAGACUGGACAGUAACAUUCCAAUGCUUAAUGUCUUAGGCACGCUCUUGUCGGCAGUCCUGAGGAAGGAUCUCAGUCUGAAACAUCAACUCUUUACUCCUCUCCACAGGUGUUGCCUGACUUGCUGAGCUCCACCAGCAUUUUGUGUGUUGCUGAUCUGGAUUUCUCUUGUGUAUGUCUUGCUAGUGAUGCACAUGUGAAGUAAUUGCAAUUUUUUUCUUGUGUAACGUUGUAAGAGGGUAAUACUUCCUCUCUCGGGCAGUCAGUAUCCCGAGCCACAGAUUCGCGAUGUGAAGCUGUCUUUGUGCCGAGUCAGCAGUUGUGUUCGACCUCGGGUUUGAGAGGCAAGCAACGCCACCCUUGUGUCUCUCUUCCUCCUCCGACUGCCAGCAGGAUGCGGCGGGGGUCUGCCUGUGCCUGUCGCUGCCCGAGGAUUCCCCAGCAAGGGGGCCAACCCCUUCCCGGGCAGUGUGGCAACAGAGGGUGAGGCAACUGUAAACAUACUGCGAGAUGAAUAUUCAGGAUGAUAGGUUGGUGGCUGCUGAUCCUUGGUUCAAGUUUAAUUCCCAUUCACCUAUGCACAUGAAUACAGCCAAACGAAACAGUGUUCCUCUGGACCAACCAAGGUGCAAAACACAGAACCAACAGCACACAGCACAUAUAAUUAUCAUAGUAGAAAACAUACAAGUACAAAAAAGAGUAGCCCACAUCCCCAAGUGUCACGGCCCGUAGACUGCUGGUGCAUGGACGUUGUCCUGGGGCCAUGUUUCUGCAAGAAAGAUUUUUCCUCAGGGUUUACUCCCGAAGUCUUCCCCGUGAGUGGGUAUAGCCACAAAGCAGUGGAGGUUUGAAAUCAGAGUUUUCUGUUUGCUAGAUGAGCUGCCAACCAGGGCUGACGAGCACCAUUUGCCCAGAGUGACUGGUUUUAAGGCGACAGUAACUCUCCUUUGUCAAUUCUCCUGUCAGUAGGAACGGUUCCCCGAGGCUUAGUAACUGAGCCACAUAUGAAGGCCAGGAGCUGGACUUGGUUGUCAGAGGCUAUUUGAGACACUUGUCGUAGGGAGCAUUUACUAGGCAGUGGGUAAUCCCCAAUUCCCUACCUAGACCCUCUUACAUGACACUAUCAAGCCAGUUAAGGAGAAUUCAAGAUCCCAGGAGGUUGAAUUCACCCCACUUUCAGUGCCCAGUAGCAUGCUCACAACUGACCAAGCCUAACCUUGCGUGACUUUGGGAGGAACCCGGAGGAAACCUACCCUGCUACAGGGAGAAUGGCCAAACUCCAGGGCAGCAGCGGAAGUUGAACCUGGGUCACUGCGCGCCAGCCUCUGUGCCUCCCAUUUUAAUGUUGAGCCAACGUAGCUGGAGAUGGUGGAGCCCUCAAAAAUUCGCACAGUUGGGCAAUUAAUUGCCAAAUGAUUCCAAUCCAAUUGUGUAAAAUUCCCAUGUGCACUAGCCUGUUGGAUUGUGGUCUCGGAUCGAAUGAUCUACUGUCUCAAUACUCUGUUCUGCAGAGAUACCCAAGCCUUCUGGCCUGAUCUGACCACCAGCACCCAACCCCUGGCAUCCUCUCGUCCAGUCCAAGGAAUGGUGCCUUUGCAUUUGUCCUUGACUUUGUCUUUGAAUGUAUUGACUUUGAAAUCCAGAAGAGUGAUGUCUUCCAAUUGUUUGAUAAAGUUACACCAGAAGGGUCUGAUAAUGUCAGCAAUGGAUUAAUGGGAACAUGAAUUGAAAUUUGAAGAAACCGCAUGUAGAGCCGAAACAUUUGCUCCUUGUGUACCCAUGCCCCUGUGUAAGGAAACUGCAGCCAGCUGCUCAAUAAUAAAGCUUAAAAUGGUGUGUUUUAAACGUCACACUCGGGUGUUGAAAUGGUUCUGUGGAGCGUGUAGUGAGGUAAACACAACUGUGACCUUACUGAGUCGGGUUUAGCAUCACUGGCAUAUCUCAUG